GAGUUCAACCGAGUGAACGGCAAUUUAGCCCUUUCCAGAGCACUGGGAGACUUCGUGUUCAAGAGGAAUGACAAGAAGUCGGCUCAGGAGCAGAUUGUGACGGCCUAUCCAGACGUCCAGGUGAGGGACGUGACCGACGACCUCGAGUUCAUUAUAAUCGCUUGCGAUGGCAUAUGGGAUGUGAUGACCAACGAUGAAGUGGUCUCUUUCAUACGUAUGAGAAUCGCCGCCAAAAUGGAGCCCCAAUUGAUAUGCGAAGAGCUGAUGACCCGGUGCUUAGCGCCCGACUGUCAGAUGGGAGGCCUGGGGUGCGAUAACAUGACUGUUGUGCUCAUUACACUGCUUCACGGCAAGAGUUACGAAGACCUGGCCGAGCGGUGCGCCGUUCACUUCAGUCAGAAAAGUAAUAACCGCUCACUUCUGUCGCACUCGAGUUCGUCGACCACGUCGUCCAUGUCUUCAGACGAUGACGAACUCAACUCCAAUAUGGAGUCGACGGAGAAGUCGGUGAACGGCGGCGACCACGAGAGCGAUGCCAAUGAGACCAAAAGCAAUGAGAUCUUCUCGAAACUGAGUCCUUCGGUCAACGAUAACGGUCUGACCGUUGCGUGACUUAAACGACUGAAAAACUAUAUGUAAACUCAUUUAAUAUAUAAGUUUUAGGGGAAAAGUUGAGCGAAAUUUUCAUAUUUAUCAUGAUUUUUAAGACUGAAUAUUUGAGUACUUUUUUCCAUUUGUUUAUUAAUUCAUUCAAUUGGUGUUUGCAAUGAUUUUAUAUGAUUACCAGUCGUUGUGAUACCAAUGAAUUGUUGCACAAAAUUGCUUAUGAAUUGAAUACUACAUGUUAUUAAUAUGAAUAUGUUUUUCGUAUAUAAAAUAUCU